AUGAGGAUUCUUCCAGGGCAGAAUGAAAGCUGGGUUUCUGAAUUUGUCCUGCUGGGCUUCUCCAGUGACCCCAUAUCCAACAGGCUCCUCUUCAUGGUCUUCUUUCUCCUCUACCUGAGUUCAGUCCUGGGCAAUGGGCUUGUCGCCACCCUGAUCUGCCUGGACUCCCGUCUCCACACUCCCAUGUACUUCUUCCUCUGUGUCCUCUCCUUGCUGGACAUAAGCGCCAUCACCACCACCGUACCUCAGAUGCUGGUGCAUCUUCUGUCUUACACUCAGACCAUCCCUUUUGCUGGCUGCUGGCUGCAGAUGUAUGUGUUUGGUGCCCUGGGCCUGACGGAGUGCCUCUUCUUUGUAGUUAUGGCUUACGACCGAUACGUGGCCGUUUGCUACCCACUGCGUUACACGGUCAUCCUCAGCUGGGGCCUGUGCACACAGUUGGCAGCGGGAACACUGGUCUUUGGUUUCAUCUUUUCUCUGAUUCACACGUUUCUCACCAUGAGGUUGCCAUACUGUGGGCCCAAUGUGGUGAACCACUACUUCUGUGAAGGCCCCUCGGUGCGGAGCUUGGCCUGCGUGGACACCCACCUCAUUGAACUGGUGGACCUGGUCAUCAGUGUCUUUAUGGUUGUUACUCCCGUCUCCCUCAUCCUGGCCUCCUAUAUUCACAUUGCCCUGGCUAUUCUCAACAUCAAGUCCACCCAGGGACGCUGGAAGGCCUUCUCCACCUGUGCCUCCCACCUGACCAUGGUCACAUUCUUCUACGUUCCAGCCACUUACAUCUACAUGAGGCCCAACUCCAGCUACUCCCCUGAGCAAGACAAGCAGGUGUCCCUCUUUUACAAUGUUUUUACUGUCCUGCUCAACCCCGUGGUCUACAGCCUGAGGAACAAGGAUAUUAAGGCAGCUUUUCUCAAGGUGGUGGAAGUGUUGCCUAGCGACCUGGGAGCCAAGAGAGGCUGGAGACAGAAUAUGCAACACUGA